AAGGACAGAAAUAGAGUAGCAGAUAAGAGAACACAAGUCGUAAACAUGAGCUGAGUGUGCUCAUCCCGUUUUUCCAGUAGGCAGCAGCAGAAAGCUUCCGUUUCUCGGAGAUUGAACCGUUGGAUCGUCGUGAUUUUUGGACAGCAGCUUCACAGCAUCUGAGCCAACAUUCUGGACGGUGGAGAUCGGGUUUUGAAGUCCGGAGGUCAGGUUUGGUUAGUCUGGACAGUAGCUAUUUUUCUGGUGAUAUAUUUCUUAUCUUGGCUCUAUUUUGAUUCCAUACACCUUGAUGUGCUUACUUCCAAGGAUAUGAUGACUUUGUAUGCCUCUAGUAUUAUCUAGAAAGACUUUGUACUGCUCCUUUGAUGAUGAUAGUGGAUUUAAGCGGCCAAAAUGGUCCCGUGGUUUUUCCCUAGUUAACAGGUUUUCCAUGCUAAAAUUCCGGUGUUUUUGUGUGGUGUGUGCUUACUGUUUUAGUUGAUUAUAUUGGUGUGUGGCAGCAAUAUUGUGUGUGUUCUAAUUGUAUUAAGAACACCCUAUUUGUUUGCAUCCUCAAAGGUUCAUUCAAGUUGGGGAAAUUUUAGCCAAACGGAGAUUAAUUCCGCAUUUUAUUAGUUACCGUUUGGGGCUGUUUUUCCCAUCAAAUUGGUAUCAGAGCCGAGUUCUUCUGUAUUGGGUUAGACUUGUUUGAAUGAUGGAAGCAAACACAAGUAGGAUGAUCAAUUUGAAUGGUUCUAAUUAUCAUGUUUGGAAAGGCAAAAUGGAAGACCUACUUUAUGUGAAGGAUUAUUAUUUGCCUGUGUUUACUACUGAUAAACCUGAGAGUAAAAAAGAUGAGAGUGGAAUAUUUUACAUAGACAGGUUUGUGGGUAUAUUCGCCAAUGAGUUGAUGAUAAUGUUUUGAACCAUAUUAGCGGGGAAACGCAUGCUCGCAGUUUGUGGAACAAGUUUGAACAGUUGUAUGCUCGAAAGACUGGGAACAAUAAAUUGUUCUUAAUAAAACAGAUGAUGAGCUCGAAAUACCAUGACGGAACUCUUGUCACUGAUCAUUUGAAUUCUUUUCAGGGAAUCAUAAAUCAACUUGCAGGAAUGGGUAUCAAGUUUGAAGAUGAGAUACAAGACUUGUGGCUCCUUGGCACUUUAUCGGACUCAUGGGAGACUUUUAGGACAUCAUUGUCCAACUCUGCACCAGAUGGUAUUAUCACCAUGGAAUUAGCUAAAGGCAGUGUUUUAAAUGAAGAGAUGAGAAGAAAGUCACAAGGAUCCUCUUCACAUUCUAAUGUCUUAGUUACAGAAAGCAGGGGGAGAAGUCAGAGUAGAGGUCCAGGUAACAAAGGGAAGCAUCGAAGUAAAUCCAAAGGAAAGUUUGCUGAUUUUGAGUGCUAUCAUUGUGGUAGAAAAGGCCACACAAUACGGUUUUGCAGGCAAUUGAAAAAGGAGAAGAAGAGGAGCGAUUACAACAAUCAAAAGAACCAUAAGAAAGAUGAGGGUGGUAAUGGCAAUGCUGAAGUUAACACUACUACCGAUGAGUUCCUUAUUUGUUCUGAUCUUGAUAUGGUCAACAUUGCACAUGAUGAUUCCAGUUGGGUUGUUGAUAGUGGUGCUACGUGUCAUGUAACAUCACAGAGGGAUUUUUAUUCAUCUUACACUCCAGGCUUACUUGAUGAUGAUGGUUAUAGCAACAACUUUGGUAAUGGAAUAUGGAAACUCACUCUUGGUUCUUUGAUCGUGGCUAGAGAUAAAAGAUGCUCAAAGUUGUACAUGACACAUCCGAAGAUCUUCAAGGAUAGGGUCAAUGCUGUACGUGGUGAAUCUGACAUGACUGAUUUAUGGCAUAAGAGACUUGGUCACAUGAGUGAAAAGGGAAUGUCUCACUAGUACAAAAUAAGCAUUUUACAACUAACAUUUAAUAUGGGUUGGUUUAGAACCGUUACUGUAUGAUAACACGGGGUCUGAAUCAUAAUUAAUAAAAGUUUCAUCUCAUAGGACAAGGCAAUUUUAUAAAAUAAAAAUACUAUUAAUAACGGUUACUAAUUUAACCCGCUAUAGAAAGUAUAUAUGGGGUCAUAUUCCUAAAUCUCAAAAACUUUGAUCCGGCACGGGGUCAUUUUUUUAAUUAAAAAAAUAUACUUUCAAUGUCCGGUUACUUGUAACCCUUAUUGAUAGUGUUUUAAAAUGUUAACCCCUGCGGCCAGGCCUUACACACUUCGUAAAUGAGAAGGGUUUUGAGAGGAGCUGCGCACUUGCGAAAUUAAAGCCUCAGCGCAAGAGAGCAGCGAGAGAGCAGCGAGAGAGAGCCUACCGACGACCACACUCCGCCGUAUCCACACCUCUGCCGUAUCCACACACCUCCGCCGCUCCUUCUUUCAACGUUCAUCUCCUUCGCCAGAGGUCUUUUUUCCGACGGGGUGAUGACAGUGACCAAGUAAAUGCGACCAGCAUGCAUAAGGAUCCAAUUUCAUGUUUGCUAGAAAUGACUAAACGCCUAGAUGGACAACCUAUACAGUUGAUCUUGAAAGGAGAUGUCAUUGGUGCUGCUGAUAUCUCCAUUUUUCUCGGUUCAGAAGAGAUAAUGGAGAUAUGUGCGGGUAAUCAGAUGCUUAGUACAAAGAUUUUGCAAGUCUGGACAAUGUACUUGCACAAAUUGUGCAGUAAAAAGAGCAAUACACACUUGUACGGAUUCUUUGACCCUUAUAUCAUUCAAGAUUUGGGAAACAAGCGCGAUGAAACUCAAACAUACAUCCUAACUCACCUCAAGGACAACAAGGACUGCUACCUAGUACCAUAUUACUAUCCUCACCACUGGCAGCUAUUCGUAUUGUGUCCAAAGCAAAAUAUUAUUGUGUUUUUGUGCUCCUUGGGGAAUAAGUCAAAGACAAUUGUGAAGAGUGUUUUGGAUAUGGCAAUGCAAGCACACCAAAUAACUAAAAAUAGGAGGAGUUCCAAACCAAAAUGGAUUAAGCCAGUUUGUCAAAUGAAAAGAGGAAGCCAUGAGUGUGGGUACCAUGUUAUGAGGCAUAUGGAUACUAUAAUAUCUGUUGUUGUCGUUGAUUCAUGGAUUGAGACAUUUAAUGUUCAAGAGCCAUUCACUGAAGGAGAGAUUAACGAGACAAGAGAACGUUGGGCAUCAUUUGUUUAUGACGCUACAAGCACCCGCUAUUAAAUAUAUUAGAUUAGAUAAGGUUCUAUUUUGAUAUGUCUGUAGUAUGAAUGGUGAUGGCUGGUAUAUCCUGUUGAAGUCUAUAAUUUUGACUUGGAUUGAACAUGUGAAACUUUGUAGCUUUAACUUGGAAUGAAUGGUGCUAGUAUUAUGUGGAAAUUUGUAAUUUUGCUACGAUUAUGAAUAUAUAUUUGUCAUGAUUCCAA